AGAUGAUGAAAAAUGGGUUGUAAGUAAGCUUGUGGACGAACAUAGAAAAAGGAGGGUGGAAAUCAUUUCUCAAAAUAGUUAUCACUAUAUAUUGCUACUCGUCUCGGAUGACACUUGCCUUUUUUCUUACUUCUUUUAGUCUUUGUAUUCACUUCAAAGAUUAAUAAAAUUUUAUUUUUUGCCAUUUAAAAAAAUAUAUUGCUGAUAGCGAGGUCUAAAUAAGAGACAAUAUUAUGUGUAUGUGCAUAAUCACCAUUUUAUUUUAUAUUGGUUUGUGAAAAAUCUUUGCAAAUGAAUAUUCAGUUUUAAAAGAUCCAGUUGAAGCACAGUGAGCAUAAAAGAAACUGGCCGUGAAGAGACGGAGUAGAAUUCUUGAUAAUAGGGAAAGGGGUCUUUAUGCAACGAUGGGUUUUUUUGUAAUUAAUCAAACUUUGCCCCCAAAAGUGUAAUGGUUUGGAGGAAAAGGAGGGGUUUACACUGCUGGUGUAAGGAAUUUAUUCUCAAUUAGUAUUUCCCUUUUUUUACUUGCCUGGAAUUCCCAAGCUGAGGAGAGAGAGAGAGAGCCGUUUCUCACUCCAAGUCCGUACCGCCGACUAUAUUGUCGCCUUUUCCCCGCUGUUUAUGCACAAGAUCGAACAAUCUUCACUUCUUCAGCUCUGUCUAUUGGGAUUUAAAAAAUUCAGCCAUCACUCCACAUAUGAUGAUAAAUAGGAGGCGGAACUCUUGAAUUGGUUCUAUAAACACUGGGAACGAACUCCCUAAUCUUUCGUGUGCCCACUGCAUAAGGAUAAGUUCUAUACAUAAAUCAAUAUACAUCUCUCUCUCUCUCUCUCUGUGUUGUGUGCAUAAAUAUGGAUGCCUCGUGGGCAGAAGGAUGUUCUUCCUCUUCCAUACCCAUAUUACCGCAAUGGAUAUACCACGUCUUUGUGAGUUUCAGAGGUGCCGAUACUCGUAAAAAAUUUACCAGCCAUCUGUUUGCUGCUUUAGAGGACAAUGGUUUUCGCACAUUCAGGGACGACAAAGAGCUCGAAAGAGGAGAAUAUAUUAGCGAUGGGUUAGUGAAAGCAAUUGAGGGUUCCAGAAUUUCGUUAAUAGUGUUCUCAAAAGACUAUGCUGGGUCGAGGUGGUGCCUUGAUGAACUUGUGAGGAUCAUGAAUUGUAGGGAGACUUUGAAACAGAUUGUCGUGCCCAUCUUUUAUGAUGUUGUUCCAUCCGACGUGCGGAAGCAAAUGGGGGUUCUUCAACUAGCAUUUGCCAAGCAUGAAAGGCGUUUUAGAGAGGGGUUGGAUGGCAAGGUGAAAAGGUGGAGGGCAGCUCUUACUGAAGCUGCUAAUUUAUCAGGUCGGCACUUGCUGAAUGAGGCCAACGGAGAUGAAGCUGAGUUAAUUAAGAUGAUCAUUAAAGAUGUUAGAGAAAAAGUAAAUCCAACACAUCUAAAUGUUCCAGACCACCAAGUUGGACUAGAGCUUCGUGUUGCAAAGCUCAAUGUGUUGCUGAACAUGGAAUCCAAUUGUGUUCGCAUUGUUGCCAUAUGGGGCAUGGGUGGAAUUGGCAAGACUACAAUUGCAAAAAGACUGUAUAAUCUCAUCCAACCCAAGUUUGAACGUAGCGGUUUUCUUGCGAAUGUCAGAGAAACUUCGCAGCAAUCGAAUGGUCGAGAUGAGUUACAAAAGAAACUUCUUUUGGCUUUAUUAAAAAGAACUCAUGAAGUAAGUAAUUUUUAUGAAGGCAUCGAGGUUAUAAAGAAGGUAGCUUUCGGUCGAAAAAAGGUUCUUCUUGUUCUGGAUGAUGUGGAUAAUGUCCAACAAUUGGAGGCACUAGCCAUAAAUCGAGAUUUCUUCGCCCCUGGAAGCAGAAUCAUCAUAACAACAAGAGAUAAGUCUUCGCUAAAAAUUCUUGAAUUGGGUGAGAAUGAGAUAUAUGGGCCAGAGAAAUUGGACAAGGACGAAUCCCUUGAGCUCUUCAGUUGGCAUGCCUUUAAGGAAGUCCACCCUCCAGACGACUAUUUGGACCUUUCACACCAAAUUGGGCAUUAUGCUGGAGGGCUUCCGUUAGCUCUUGAAGUUUUGGGUUCCUAUUUCUGUGGCGAGAGCAUACCUCAAUGGGAAAGUGCAAUAGCAAAAUUAAGAAAAAUUCCUGAUGAUGAUGUUCUGGGAAAACUUAACAUGAGUCUUAAGAUUAGUUUUGAUUCAUUAAGCGAGCAAUUGAAGAAGUUGUUCCUCGAUAUGGCAUGUUUUUUUGUUGGAAUAGGUCGAGAUUUUACAGUAAAAAUAUUGGAAGGCUACAACAUUUACGCAGAAGAUGGGAUUCGGAAACUAUUCGAUCGGUGUCUCAUAAAAUACGACCGUCAUGACCAAAUUGUGAUGCAUGAUAUGAUUAGAGACAUGGCCAGAGAAAUCGUCAGGCAAGAAUCUUUUGAGGAUCCUGGAAAGCGUAGCCGAUUGUGGUAUCUUGACGAUGUCCUUGAAGUUUUGAGAGAUGGAACGGGAACUGAAGCAGUUAAAGGCCUCAUCCUAAAUGCUACAAAUGUCCAAGUGAAUACAAAGCCAUUUGAAAAGAUGGACAGACUGUGGUAUUGUGAGCAUGUCCUUGGGGUUCGAAGAGAUGGCAUGGGAAUUGAAGUAGUUGAAGGUCACCUUCCAGACUUUAAUGAUCCAAAAGAUGUCCAAGUGAAUGCUAAGGCAUUUGAAAAGAUGAACAACCUCUUGUUGCUUCAUCUCGAUUACGUUCACCUAACUGCUGGUUAUGAACAUAUUUCUAGAAGGCUAUUAUGGCUAAGCUGGAAAGGCUUCCCUUUGGAUUGUAUACCUUGGAAUUUUUCUAUGGAGAAGCUAGUUGCUCUCGAUUUGCGUUAUAGCAGCCUGAAAAAAGUUUGGAAUGGAAACAUGAUUCUGGACAAACUGAAGUUCCUUUACCUCAGUCACUGCCAUUACCUAACCAGAACCCCUGACUUCUCUGGACUCUACUCUCUUGAGGAACUGUUGCUUAAUGAUUGCAAAAGUUUGGAGGAGGUUGAUGAGUCUAUUAGAUGUCUGAACAAACUUCUUGUCCUGGAUAUGAAAAACUGUACAAAACUUCGGAAGCUUCCCUCUGGCAUUUGGAUGUUGAAAUCUCUCAAACAUCUUGAUCUCUCUGGCUGCUCCAAGCUAGGAAACUUAGGUGUAUUUAAAGGACCACUAUGUAAGUUAUGGUGUUUAUUCUUCUCGUCUGGGACAUUGCCACCAAAGGGUGUGGAUUCUAUUGGGUUUUCACUCACCCCUGUCCCGGCCUCCAGUUGCUUAAAGGAAUUAAAUUUGAAAGACUGCCAUUUGUCAUAUCUACCGGAUGAAAUAGGGAAUCUAAUCUCAUUGCGGACUCUGGAUCUUGCCCAAAACAAUUUGAAUACCUUGCCGGGUGGUAUAUGUAACCUUACUUGCUUGAAGCAUUUGCGUUUGGACAACAACAAUGUGUCCCAUCUGCCUAGUGGAAUUGGGAGGUUGACCUCAUUAGAGAGUUUGAAUCUUGAAAGAAACAGUUUAUGUACCCUACCGGAUACCAUUGGAACGCUGUCUUGCUUGAAGGAGUUGUUUGUGGGAAAUAACAAGCUCUCACAUCUUCCUAGUGAAAUUGGGGAUUUGGACUCUUUGAAAAUUUUGAAACUUCAGCAUAAUAAUGGUUUCAGUGCCUUCCCGGAAAGUAUAUGCAAACUUAUUCGCUUGCGGGGAUUGAGUUUGUAUGACUGCAACUUGUCUCAUCUUCCUAGUGGAAUUGGUGGGUUGGUCUCAUUAGGUUCCUUGAAUAUUGGGAAAAAUAAUUUCUGCACCAUACCCGAUAGUAUCAGUAACCAUCCUCGCUUGGAGACGAUCGGCUUGAGUAAUUGUGCAAAGCUCCAAUCUCUUCCAAAGCUUCCAACAUGUCGUUUUGUGGAUGCAGUGCGUUGCCCAUCAUUAGAAAGCCUACCACUUGAAUUGGAUCAGCUGGGGCAGUGCGUGGACUAUUCGGAAUCCAAUAAAUUAGCUGAGAACAAUUUUUUAACUAGUCUCUUAAAACAACUCCCCAAGAGUAAGGGGCUCUCUGAACUUCAGCAUGUUGUUUCUAUUGUUGUUCCAGCACGGGAUGACGAGGUUCAUACUUGGUUCCCGUACCAUGAUGGUAGAGAGCCAAAUGUAUCUUUUGUGGUGCCGCCUUCUCCUUCUGUGAACCAGAAAAUGUUGGGUUGGAUUCUACGCCUAUUACUCUGGGCUCCCCGGCAAGCACCUUACCAACAACUUCACGAAUUAUGUAUUGAAGAGGUGAUCUGCAAUAAAAUCAAAAGGGAAGGAUUACUCGACGUAUUAUUCCAUUUUAGAGCCGGUCCCACCGAUGUGAAUCUUGUGUGGCUUCAGUAUAUGCCACAGGGUUACGACGGAUUGCAAUUAGAAGGCGGUGAUGAAGUGGAGAUCCCAAUAUAUGCAAAUGACGCAUUGGUAAAGAACUGGGCGAUUGAUCUGAUUUACGAGGCUGAUGAGAUUCACAAGGGCACCGACACCUUGUACCAAGUGGUGUCAGUUUAGUAGUAUUAACAAAUUCAACUUAAUUUGACAAAUACUCUUCUGCUACACAUUGGAGGCAUUGUAUAAAAAGAAAAUCUGUUCGA